AUGAUCCCACCGCUCUCCAUCCAACUCGCAAAACCCAUCCUGAGCCAACAACAACAGAAGCAACAACCGAUCCACGUCGGAUGCCUGCCCCUCAAACAUAACAGCAGCAGAGAGACCACUAGGAACGACGUAUCUCUGCAGUCCAACCUGGUCCAGCAUGCCUUCCAAUGGGGCUGCAUCGCACGCAUCACCAGCUUCGACCAUUCGACUGCGAACCAUUCUCUGAAACUCAGCCUGAUCGGCAUCCACCGAUUCAAGCUCACCAGCUUCAGCAAUCUCCAAACACCCCUCCAGGCUCAGAUCUCCAGCUUCCCGGAGAUUGCCCUCGAACCAUCCGCCCUGCUCGAACAGUUCAAGGCCGCCAUCACCCGAUUCAUCCUCCUACUCGCCAAUGCCAUCACCCCUCGUCAGCGUGCCCAUGACCCGAAGCCGCAGAUCGACAGGCUCAUCGACUCCUUACAGCCCAGCCAGCUCUCCUUCCUCGUCGAUCUCAUGAUCCGGGAUAUCCAGCUGAUCCCCUGGCAGGACAAGCUCGAGUUCUUGAGCUACUACAACUCACAAGUCAAACUCGAGAAAUUCAUCCAACUGCUCACUCGCAUCUCAGACCAGAUCCACAUCUUCAACGCCCAUCGAUUGAAGGCCAUCAACUCCCAACUCGCUAAUGGAAUCGAACAGCUCAGCCAACUCUACCAAUCCAACAACCAAUCCAUGUUCAAUCAUCAUCCCAACGACAAAUCACGCCCGCUCCGCAUUACUUACCCCAGACCACGUCCCUUCUCUCGUCCGAUCAUCAUCGGUGGCGCUCCUCGUCGCAGCAGCUCGGGGAUGUUCGAUCAGGGAAGCCCGUUUGGCGAGAUUGAUUCGGAAGGGGACGAGCACAAAGAGCUCGAGAAAAAGAUACAGUCCUCCGGCAUGAGCCAAGAAGCUUUCCAGAUCUGUUCCAAGGAACUCAAGCGACUAUCAUCCAUCCAGCCCAGCUCGGUAGAACACAGUGUCAUCAAGAAUUAUCUCGAGGUCAUGCUCGAGCUUCCCUGGUCCAAGAGUACCAUCAACCUGACCAACCAGGCCCUCCUCGCCAAAGGUUUCCUCGAAAAGGCCCGCGCUCAACUCGACAUCGACCAUUUCGGAAUGCUCAAAGUCAAACAACGCUUGGUCGAAUUCCUCGCCGUCAUCAAACUCCGUGUUGAUCUUGAAACCCGAGCAGCAGCCAAUACACAACAGACCUCCUCCCCAAACAGCUCAUCAUCCAAUCAACCUCCCAACGAAUCCAAAAUCAGCCGGCUUUGGAAAGACACCGUGGACCCCACUUUCCUCGUCGAGCCAUCUGACAAUCAUCUCGAUAGACCAACAGUUGAUCGCUCGGGACUUGCCGGCUCACCCAAAGAGACCGGCAAGAAACCUGCGCCGAUCCUCUUAUUGGUCGGCCCUCCAGGGGUGGGUAAAACCUCUGUGGCCAGAAGUAUUGCAAAGGCGCUCAACAAGAAGUUCUAUCGAAUCAGUCUGGGUGGGGUCAAAGAUGAAUCGGAGAUCAGAGGCCAUCGCCGAACUUAUGUUGGAUCGAUGCCUGGCUCCAUCGUCCAAGCUUUGAGACGAGUCGGCGUGAAUGAUCCGGUGAUCCUCCUGGAUGAGAUUGAUAAAGUAGGCAACAGAAGCAUUAACGGGGACCCAGCCUCAGCUCUCCUGGAAGUAUUGGACCCCGAACAAAACUUGACCUUUGUCGACCACUACAUCAAUACCCCUAUCGACCUCUCGUCAGUCUUGUUUCUGGCGACUGCCAACUCGACGUCGACGAUCUCUGCGCCACUAUUAGACCGACUGGAGACCAUCCAAGUGGAUGGGUACUCGUUGGACGAGAAGAUCAACAUCGCAAGCCGGAACUUGAUCCCCAAGCAAAUGAACAAUUACUCGCUUCUGCCGCACCAAUUCAUUGUCGACGACCACCAAGUCUUGAAAAAAAUCAUCUUGAGUUAUACGAAUGAGUCCGGCGUCCGAGGUUUGGAAAGAGAGAUUGGGGCGCUCUGUCGCGCUAAAGUCUUAGAGCUCGUCCAAGAUCGUGAGCACAAGUCCGACCAAGACCAGGCCGUGCAAUUCAAAGCCAAGAUAGACCUGGAAGAUGUGCGCCGAAUUCUUGGGCCUGAACCUUAUGAGAUGGAAGUCUCGGAUGUGAAAUUGAAGCCGGGAGUGGCGAUAGGAAUGGCGUAUCAAGGGAGCGGAAACGGGUCGAUCCUGUACAUAGAAGCGACGAGUUACCCGGGGAAAGGUUUGCUAAAGCUAACGGGCUCGCUGGGCUCGGUGAUCAAGGAGUCAGCGGAGCUAGCGUUGAGCUGGAUCAAGGCGAAUGCGUCUGUGAUGAAUGUGGAUCCGGGCAAGAUCGACGGGACGAGGGAUGUGCACAUCCAUUUCCCCUCAGGCGCAGUCAAGAAAGACGGCCCGUCGGCGGGCGUCGCCUUGGUCGUCGCCCUCGUCUCCUUGCUCUCUGGCCUCGUCGUCGACAACACCGUGGCCGUCACCGGCGAGAUCUCGCUCCGAGGACAAGUCCUGCCCGUCGGCGGGAUCCGCGAAAAGGUGUUGGCAGCGAGCAGGGCAGGCAUCACCCAGAUCCUCAUCCCGGCCAAGAACGCGAAAGACGUCGACGCGGACGAGGGCCUGCGCACGCUCGCUAACAAGGUGUCGGUGCGCUACGUGGGCUCGUUGUACGAGGUCGUCCGGAUCGUGUUCAAGGACCAGCUCUGGACCGCCCCCGCCUCCUCCUCGGCCGAGGCUCCUUCCGCACUCCCUCACUCCCUGCUCGGCGGUGGCCUCCGCCAGCCCGACUUGUUCAACCUGCGCGCCCGAGCCGCCGGGAGCUUCUUAUGA